AUGCGUACCGUAGAAGAAGUGUACACUAAUCUCAAUGGAGUCAUACAGAAUGGAGAGUUCAUGGACGCUCUCGAUCUAGUUGAGAAGGUACGUCGAUUACUACAGGAUGACUUGGGAGGAGUAGCAGCUGUACGGGGAAUACGGAAGUCUCUGGAUGAUAAUAUCAAAGUCAUUGACCAGAAUAUCGAGUCAGAGUUCAUUGAUGUUUGCAGUGCUGGUGUUAUAGUCGUUUUGGAUUCCUCCAAGAGCACCGUGUCCGAAGCGCGGGAUAACCUUGCCGCUCGAUUAAAGCGAGAGCGAGUGUUGGAGGUUAUGAACAGGCGUCAUCUCUUCUCCUUAACUAUACAGACAGAUCUGCGUGAUAAUUUGUUGACGAGGUCUCGACGGCUGAUUAAGAAAAUCGCGCAGUUGAGUUCAGCUAGACUCAUCCAGGAGAGUACGAUAGCCACCGUCAAGCUGCGGCUAAUGGAGUCACAAGUUCUGAAGAUGCUCGUGGUGGUGAAGGAGGGACCACUACGGAUGGCGCAGUAA